CAGGAAGCGCUCUGAUUGGUCAGUUUGAGCCGGGAAGUUUGCCGGCGUGCUGCUUCACAUUCAUGUCCCCCGGUCCGCUCCUGUUAACCUUCCCGUUUCUGCGCAACCUGACCCGGGACAAAGCCUCACACAGUCUGCCCUCCCCCAUAUAAGCGUGUUCGCUCGCCCUGUUAAGAGCAGCAUGUCCGAUUACGGCGGUCUGUCAUCUAACGGAGUUGGCAGUGGGGUGAAAAAAGACGCUUUUGCGGAUGCGGUACAACGAGCCAGGCAGAUUGCAGCUAAAAUUGGUGGAGAAGGUGCGCCGCCAGUGACAAACAACACAGGAGUAGAAAAUUAUCCAUUCACAUCACAAAAACGAUCCCUUGAAGGAGGAGAUGAACCAGAUGCUAAGAAGUUAGCACCACAGAGCGACAUGGAUUCAGCUAUGUCUAUUGGAGCUCAGUUAGCUGCUUUGUCACAACAAAGCGUCAGGCCCUCUGCAGUUACAGAGGAGUACAGAGUGCCGGAUUCUAUGAUUGGUCUCAUCAUUGGCAAAGGAGGUGAACAAAUUAACAAAAUACAACAUGACUCUGGCUGUAAGGUCCAAAUUGCACAUGACAGUGUUGGUCUUCCAGAAAGAAGUAUUUCUCUGACGGGGUCAGCAGAUGCCGUACA